AUGGAAGAAGAACAAAGAGAGCGAAUGGACAGAAUGGAAAGAGCUCAGGAAGAAAUGAGAGAACAGUUAGCAAAGAUGAUGGAAUUGAUGAUGAGUCUCAGUAAAGGAAAAAGAGCGAUCGAAGAGCCAGCUCCGUCAGAAAACCCACCAGCACAAGACAGUAGAAACCAAAGGGAUGAUCCAUCCUAUCCCCCAGGGUUCACUCCACCACAUGCCCAAACCUCUCAAAGGGUCCACCCUCAGGUGAUGCCAUCCGUCUAUUACAAUGCACCACCCCCGUUAGGCCAUCAACCGACUCAUGGGCAAUUUGGGUCAUAUCCUGGGAUAAAUCCUGCUGAACCAAUAAAUGUCCCAGAUUUAGACGAUCCAAAAGAGCAAGAAAAACUAAGAAAGGACUCGUCGCAAACAGGAGAAAAUGAAAAAGACCAGAAAAAGUAUGAUCUGUUGGAAGAACGUCUUCGUGUUAUCGAAGAAGUUGAUAGGUUUGGUACCAUGGACGCAACCGAGCUAUGCUUAGUGCCGGAUGUAUUAAUCCCUGCUAAGUUCAAAGUUCCAGAAUUUGAAAAAUAUGACGGAACAAAAUGUCCCAUGGCACAUAUUACCAUGUAUUGUCGAAAGAUGGUUGCACAGUCUCACGAUGAUAAGUUACUGAUCCAUUUUUUCCAAGACAGCUUGACUGGGUCAGCUGCUCGGUGGUACACUAUGGAAAAGAAGCAAAACGAGAACUUCAAGGAAUAUGCCCAAAAGUGGAGAGAUACGGCAGCGCAAGUUCAGCCACCUCUCACUGAUAAAGAGAUGACUGUGUUGUUCAUAAACACACUCCGAGCUCCAUUCUAUGAGCGCUUGAUCGGGCAUGAAGUUGUCAGCUCGAAGAAAGGGAGUACGUCCAUGAAGAAAGAAGGGGAUGUGCAAGCAGUCGCUCACGACAGCCAACAAGCCCACAACUUUAACCCAUAUUACCCGUACCCCCCAUACCAACCCUUCUAUCCGAACAUAGGCAACAUCACACAAAACCCAUAUGUGUACCAACCUGUCUCGCAACCAACAUUUCAAACCAAUGUUCUUCCACAAACUCCACCACCAAGACCGGUAGCUUCAACCAAUAAUCCUGGCCAUGGUCAAAGAGGACCUAAAACUACCCUAGAAAGACCAAAGUUUGAUCCUAUCCCAGUCCCUUACACUACAUUGCUGCCACAACUCAUAGAAAAUCGACUCCUUGCUCGAACCCCUUUAGAACCACUCCGACCACCUUUCCCGAAAUGGUAUGAUCCGAAUGCGCAUUAUGAUUACUAUUUUGGAAUUCAAAGGCACUCCACCGAGAAUUGUACUGCUUUAAAACAUAAAGUUCAAGAGCUCAUUAAGGCAGGACUUUUAAAUUUUGCUAAAAAAGACAAUUCGAGUGUUGAUGGGAACCCGUUACCUAAUCAUGGAAGACCGACUGUGAAUGCCAUACAUGAAGGGAUGAUUUGA